CACUAUUUAAACCCACCAAAAAUCAAAUUCGUCAGUCAAUUCAAUUUUUCAAUCGACCAUCAACAUGUCGAAAAUCAUUUUUGCUUUUGCCAUCAUCCUCAUCAAGGAAAUUAAUUCCUGUGCCCUUCCGCCAGCACCCCCAUGUGGGUUACCCGCCCUUCCUGCUCUCACUAUAGCUCUUCCUGCUCUUCCAGCUGCCCCAGCUUGUGCCCCAGCUCCCCUACCUUGUGCCCCAGCUCCCCCAGCUUAUGCCCCAGCUCCAGCGCCAGCCCCAAUAGCUAUCCUCCCGUUGCCCUUGCCCUUACCCGCUUUGCCCCCACCAUGUGCCCUUCCUCCAAAAAAGAUCUGCCUCCCAUUGAAGCUCGCUCUUCCACCACUUGCACCAUGUGCCCUGCCACCUCUGCCAGUCUGUUGAGGCAAUUGAUCAAAAUAUUAAUUAGUGCAGCUAACACUGUUGUAGUUUUUGAAAUUUUGCUGAAAUAAAUGUCGUCACACCAGU